CUGGAUCUGGUAAAUACUGGCAGUGGCAGUGUCCCAUACUUCCCUCGCAAGAUCUUCUUGCCCAUUCCCGGCUCCAAGACCGCCAGGUCAGAAACAGCACAGCCCAACUCUCGCGUCAACCCCGGUAACGUCCAAAACCAAGAAGAAUACACUUUGGUUGGUCUCGGUAUCCGCACUGUAUCCUUCUUGUCCAUCGAAGUCUACGUCAUGGGCCUCUACGUCCGCACCCAAGACAUCUCAACUCUGCAAGCUCGCCUCAUCCACCUGAUCAACCCUAACGCUUCUACCCUCGUGCCUGGCGAGAAGGAUAGUCUCAAGCAACGCAUGCUCGACGCCGACACCAGCGUCGAGAUCUGGGAGCAGAUGCUGCGUGAAGAAGGCAUCCGCUCUGCCUGGCGUGUCGUCCCGUCCAAGAACACCGACUUUGCCCAUCUGCGCGACGGCUGGGUCAACGGCAUCAAGCGCGCCACCACUGAGAUCAAUAGAGUCAAGCAAACUAACCCUGCGAUCAUGACUUCAGACUACGAGAACGAGUCGUUUGGUGAUGCUAUGCGUGACUUCAAGGGCAUGUUCAGUGGUGGUCGCACACCCAAGGGCUCUGUGGUGCUGAUGUUGAGAGACGCUCCUGGAUCCAUGGAAGUAUUGUUCGAAGACCCGGCAAAGGGUACUGGCAUUGAGAGAGUUGGCAAGGUCGAGGAUCCCAGAAUCAGCAGGCUGAUCUGGAUGGGUUACUUGGCGGGCAAGAAUGUCAGCUCGGAGCCCACGAGGAAGGCUGUAGUCGACGGCUUCGUGGGAUUUGCUGGUCGCCCUGUGGGAUCGGUGGAGACCAUGGUG